AUGAUAGAAGGCUUUGUAACCUUGUAUUUCUGCAGAUGCAAUCGCUCCGGGAAGUUCGUUAGCAAGAGUAAGCAUAGAAUCAGUUGUACCAGGAAGGCAGUUCUGCACUGCUCAUGUUUCGUAAACGCUCGUUUCAACGAUGAUGGAACUGUGGGCGUGAAAGCAUGUUUUGGCCAUGCUGGCCACGAACUGGAGCCGGCCCUUCUACACUUAUCAGAUUCGCAACGGCAGUAUCUCAAGUCAAUGUUGGAAGAGCAUUCGUUGGACUACGUCAUCAGAAAGUGUAGGAAGGAUUUUUCGGCUAAGGACUCGAGGAUGUACUUCAUGACCAAGGAUGACCUUUGGAACAUCGUUAAGAAAUACGGUCUCAGGCCUGGUUAUCGAGAUGCUGAUGAUUUGAAGUCGAUUCAGUUGCGGCAUGCGGAAAAUAAUGAAGACGAUGGCAUACGUCUCCUGGAAAUGCCGAAAGAUCCCAGUGGAAAGGGCUUCACUAUGGUUAUAAUCACACCGCUACAAUUGCAUUGGUUGAAAGCGUAUUCUUCUCGAGGCAUUUCUAUGGAUGACACACAUGGUGCUACAAGGUAUAACCUGAAAUUAGCAACAGUUGUAGUUGCUGACGAACGAGAUAGAGGCCUCCCUGCAGCUUUCCUGCUAUCUUGUACGAUGGGCACGGUAGAUGUUGAAAAACUUUUCAAGGAGAUCAAAAAGUUGAUGCCUGAGUUUAAUCCCAAGCGGAUCGUUACCGAUGAGGCGAUGUGUUUUUAUAGUGGAUUCCGAUCAAUAUUCCCGUUGUCGGCGGCAAAGCUGCAUUAUUGCCGGUGGCACAUCAGUAAAAGUCGAGUAAAAAGCUGGGCAUCCUUCCACGUUGAUGGAGCCGUAAUGGACACCACGAUGCUGAGCGAGCGCUGGCAUUUGCGCUUAAAAAAUGAAGUUCUGCACAGAAACGCAAACCCCCGGAUUGAUUGCUUAGUAGAGCUACUGAUACGUGCUGUCGAAGACCUUGCGGAUUCAAAUGAGAUCAAGGACACGUUUUUGGGACCGUCGACGCCUCGCGCGAGCAUCUUUUCGAACACAGCAGACGACUAUAAGGCAUCGCAUGGCCCAAGCGCAUUACCAGGAAAGAUUUGA